GUUCGUAGAACAUUUGUGUUUUAUUUUUCUUUUUUAAAUUUUAUUUUAGUCGCCGAAAAGGAGAAAUUUAUUCAUGCGCACUGAAUCACCAAAACGACGUAGCACUGUUCGAAAAAAGGCGCGAAACCAGCAUCAAAAUUCUGUUAAAACGGUUGGCCCAGUCCUUUCUAAAUUGAGAAGGGAGAGACAUCGAAGCUGGCGGGAACACUUGUACGGAGAACCGCCCACACAUACAAAGUAGAGUGUCAUCAACCAACACAUGUUGGCUUCCCUAGUUUUGGGUCAUGCAUUCCCAACAUCUCAAAAUUUUCUAACCAAAAACUAACAACAUCACCAAGAAAAAUAAAAUUUUAACCGAAAAUGGGAUCGUUUUCUUACUGGUGAUCUGCGGCUCUGGUUUUCUGCUUCGAUCAGAGUACUGUUUUUUUUUCCCCUUUUCAGUGACACCUGAAUUGCUAGGUACUCUAAAUACCCUCUUUCAGAUUUUUGCAUACCUUGCUUGGUUGCUCAGAGAGUCGAGAUCUGUGUAUAUCCAAUUCUUUGUUUUCACCGCCGGAUUGCAAAGAGUUCGAGAGACCUCAACUUUUCCUCCUCCUGGGAGGUCUUUAUUCACAUUUCUGUUCCGAAAGAAGCUCGCUUUUAGGGUCAUAUAGCGCCUUUUUUUGUCAUUGCUUUGUUUUCCUGCAGUAAUUUAUUCUGCUGCAGGACUUCUUAUGGUAGUUACAAUUCACUUUCGGCAUCCCAUUUUCAGAUCAUUCAAUUUGAGCCCUGAAAAUGGAGCCUUUCCGAAGGCUUGGGGAGGCUUUAGGAAGUAUUAAGUCCUUGAUGGUGUUCCGAGACAAUAUCCGCAUCAAUCAGCGGCAGUGCCUUUUGCUGCUCGACAUCUUUGGCUCAGCAUAUGACUUAAUAGCCGAGGAGAUGAAACACAACCUGAGAUUUGAAGAGAAGCACACUAAAUGGAGGGUUCUUGAGAAACCAUUAAAGGAACUGCACAGGAUCUUCAAAGAAGGAGAGUUCUACAUUAGACACUGCUUGGACAACAAGGAAUGGUGGGCGAAAGCCAUCUCGCUCUAUCAGAACACCGAUUGCGUUGAGCUUCACAUCCACAACUUGCUUUCUUGCAUCCCAAUUGUCAUUGAAGCGAUUGAAAUUUCAGGAGAAGUGUCAGGGUCGGAUUUGAGUGAGAUGCAAAGGAGGAAAAUUGUGUAUGCAGAAAAGUACAAAGAAGCAUAUAGAGAUUGGAAGCUUUUCCAAUGGAGAUUCGGGAAGCAGUACCUGAUUACUCAAGAUUUCUGCAAUAGAUUUGACACAGUAUGGAAGGAAGAUAGAUGGACUCUUCUGAAUCAAAUCAGAGAAAAAAAACUGAUCUCAGGUUCAACAAAGUAUGAUCGACGCCUCACAGAUCUCCUUCUUAAAAGCUUAGAAGGGCCAGAGCCUUGGAAUGGGAAGCUCUUGCCUAGCUCAAUCCUGGUGGGAUCUAAGGAAUACCAAGUGAGGCGAAGACUAGGCAGUGGAAGUCAGUACAAAGAGAUCUUAUGGUUAGGUGAAAGCUUUGCCUCAAGGCAGUUCUAUGGGGAAAUUGAACCCUUGCUGCCAGAGAUCUCUUCAUUGUUAUCGCUUUCCCACCCGAACGUUGUUCACUGCCUUUGCGGGUUUACAGAUGAGGAAAAGAAAGAGUGUUUUCUCAUUAUGGAGCUGAUGAGUAAAGACCUUGGCAGCUACAUCAAGGAGAUCUGUGGCCCAAGGAAGCGAAUUCCAUUUUCUCUUCCUGUUGCUAUUGAUUUGAUGCUUCAAAUUGCAAGAGGAAUGGAAUACCUCCACUCCAAGAAAAUCUACCAUGGAGAAUUGAAUCCUUGUAACAUACUGGUCAAAGCAAGAGGAGUGUCCACAGAUGGUUACUUGCUGGCAAAGGUUUCAGGUUUCGGCCUAACUUCUGUUAAAAACUCCACCCAGAAAAACCCUACAAAUCAGAAUGGAAGCCCACCUGUUAUAUGGUAUUCUCCAGAAGUUCUGGAAGAGCAAGAACACAGUGAAAGUAGUGAGAAAAAGUAUACAGAAAAGUCCGAUGUGUAUAGCUUUGCGAUGGUUUGCUUUGAGCUUCUUACAGGUAAAGUGCCUUUUGAGGAUAGUCAUCUUCAAGGGGACAAAAUGAGCCGAAAUAUUAGGGCAGGCGAGAGGCCAUUGUUCCCCUUCUAUUCUCUGAGAUAUGCCACCAACCUCACAAAGAGAUGUUGGCAUGCGGAUCCAAAUCAAAGGCCAAGCUUCUCAUCCAUCUGUAGGAUUCUUCGCUAUGUUAAAAGGUUCCUUGCCAUGAAUCCUGACUAUGACAGCCAGCUAGACCAACCAGUGCAUAUGGUAGAUUACUGUGACAUCGAGUUGGGGGUUCUGAAAAAGUUCCCUUCUUGGGGGAGCUCUGAUCAAUUACCAUUAUGGCAAAUCCCAUUUCAGAUGUUUGUUUAUAGGAUAGCGGAGAAAGUCAGAAACUCAGGCCUGAAAGAUACUUCAGAAUCAGGAAGCGACGCUUCGAUAUGUGGGGAUGGAAUUGUGACUCCACCAGAUGAUCCAUUCCCAGCAAUACCCGAAAGGAAGUGUUCACCUGAUAGUACGAACAAGAAACUUCCCUUGUUGAGGAGAUCUUCAGAUGUGAAAGCCAACAGAGUACUAGGAACACCAAGAGGACGGUCUGCCAGACCUCCACAGGUAACAACCCCUUAUCGUAGUAUUAGCAUGAAAAUGAGUUCAGAAAGCCAGCAAAAGAUGACUCAAAGAAUACGGAGGACAUCAACGAGUUCAGAAAUGGUGAUGAGUUCAAGAAUACAGAGAACCAAAUCCGGUCAUGCCUCAGACUCUGAGCUCUCCUAGACCUUUAUAUGUCAUAUCAAAAGACAAUCUGGAUCCAUU